UUCCUAAACAUCUGUUUUUAAAUUGCUCUAAAAUUUUUAACUAUUCCGUUCCGCUAUUAUAAAUAUAAAUAUGUCAAAUUUAACCGAUUUAGAAAAAAGAUUACAUGACUUGAGAGGAGACAAAACUAUACCUAAUAUAGAAGAAUUAGAAAAAAAACUAAAAGAAUUGCAGGAUAAACCUAACAUUACUUAUUUUGAUAAUAAUAACAUGAAAUUAAAUCAUCCUCAGACUCCUGAAGAUCUCAUUAAACAAACCACACAAUUAAUACAACUUGAGAAUAAAUUAAUACCUGAUUUAACUGAGAAUCAAAUAAGAGAACGUUUAAAAAGAUUAAGAGAAUGUGGAAAUUUUCUUGAACCUUCAGGAUUGCCAAAUAAUGAUUUACCAACUCUUACUGAAGAAGAAGAAACUGAUCAAAUUGUUUCUAAUAUCAUUAAAGAGGUAGAGAUUGAAAAUGCUAUGGCCAAAUAUCAGUCCUCCUCUGAACCAUCCUUAUCUCAGGAAUCUAAGGACUUAGAAACUGAUGAUGAUAUUAAAAUUUGUGAAUUAUGCCCUCACCUUGCUGUUAUCAUAUGUUUAGAUUGUGAAAAUAAAUAUUACUGUUCAGUGUGUUAUGAUGACUAUCAUGAUAGUGGAGACUUUUUUGACCAUAAAAUUCAAUUUUUUUAACAGUGUAUUUUUCAAAUUUACAAAAAAGAAGAUUUAUUUUCUUCAAAUAUGAUUAUAUCAACAAGAAACUUGGCAUUUGAUAAAUUCUGAAUGCAAUAUUUUUAUAACAA